CAGUAAGUGCGUUGCACCUCCUCCGUCUUCCGGGUGAAACCUGUCCAGCGGCUCGUUUGCCUUCCUGAGUCCAAGUCCAGCUAAAGUCUCCACCGAUGCUGACUGGAAGAAAUCUCACUCGGACAUUUGUAUCGCUCUCCCACACAAGCCUCAGUGCCGACUGGAGCUUGGUCUCACGCUCUGCUCUCCGCUCUUCUUCCUCCACAGUUUCAUCCAUCCGUCCAUCUCUCCCUUCACCUUCUCACAGUCGCAGCUUCCUGCCAAACCGACAAACCUCGGUCCCCCUGCACCCGUCUUUUCCUUUCCCCUCCGCCCACUACCUCUGUCACUCGUCUCACUGUUCGGGCCUGAUGGAGCUCAAGGAGGUUCUGCAGGUGCUGGAGCAGCUCGCUCCUCUGUCCCUGGCUGAGAAGUGGGACAACGUCGGCCUGUUGGUGGAGCCGAGCAAACCCCGGCCUGUUAAAACUAUCCUGCUGACCAACGACCUCACAGAUGCCGUCAUGGACGAAGCAGAGGCCAUGAGCUGCGACCUCAUGAUCUCGUAUCACCCUCCAUUGUUUCGGGCAAUCAAGCGUCUAGUUCAGAAAGAGUGGAAGCAGCGGUUGGCCGUGCGGGCGGUGGAGGCCGGGAUGGCGAUCUUCUCCCCUCACACAUCGUGGGACAGCGUGAAAGGAGGCAUUAACGACUGGCUGGUCGGGGGACUUGGUAGCGGCCAGGUGUCCGUGCUGAGUCAGUCCUUCGGUGGCGCCGCCCACUCUCACAAACUGGAAUUCAUGGUCAGGAGCCAAGAGGAGCUGGACACCGUCAUGGAGGAACUGAAGGCGUGUGAUGGUGGAACAGCACUCCAGCAUUCAGUGAACAGACCAGAAAACAGUGGGAUCCAUGUCGGUGUAACCUGCAGUGAGUCAGCGCUGACCCUCAGUGUCCACGCUCUGUUAAAACACACAACUCCCAGCCAGUCCCUGAGCAUCCUGAAGCUAGAGAAGCCUCCUAUUCCAGGCCAUGGCCCAGGGCGACUCAGUGUUUUGAUCCAGCCAGUAACUGUGGCAACAGCCGUCCAGAAGAUGAAGUCUCACCUGGGUUUGAGUCACCUCCGCCUGGCUUUAGGAUGGGGGCAGACACUAGAGUCCUCCGUGUGCACCGUGGCUGUGUGCGCUGGCUCAGGAAUCUCAGUGCUGAGUGGGGUCAAAGCCGACCUUCAUAUCACAGGCGAGAUGGCCCACCACGAGGUGCUGGACACUGUGGCGAAGGGAACCAGCGUCAUCCUCAGUGAUCACAGCAACAGCGAGCGCGGCUACCUGACGGUGUUCAGGGAGAAGCUGGCUGUGCGUCUCCCUGACAGCGUCACGGUGGUGGUGUCCAAGGCCGACCGGGAUCCCCUGGAGGUGGUCUGACCACGUCUUAAACAUCUGCUUGGUAAAUCAGAGAUGUUGGGAUCAGUGUCAGCGUUUCUCUGACAGAAGCAGAUAGAAUGUGUGUGUGAAAUGAUUGCAUAAAAAAGCCUCUGUGGCUUUGCUCUUUGUGUGAAGUUUGUAUCUCUGUAAACAAACUGUGCCUCAUUUCAUGAUUAAAAGUGCUUCCUUGGUACAUGUAGUUUGCCAUGUAUUUAUAGCAGGGUCCUUAUAAAAUGGGCCCUGGUUGAUCCCAAAAAUGUA